UAUUGGCCAGAGGGCCGGACACUGGGGUCCGUAUUGGCUGUUUUCUUUCAUAAGGUUCCCAAAGAACUCAGAGAUUUAGAAUAUUGGGUUACAGUGUGGCAAAAUGGCGACUGUCAUUCAGAAUCCACUGAAAGCGCUCGGUGAUCAGUUCUAUAGGGACGCCAUUGAGCACUGCCGCAGCUACAACGCACGCUUAUGUGCUGAGCGCAGCGUACGCAUGCCUUUCCUGGACUCUCAGACGGGGGUAGCUCAGAACAACUGUUACAUCUGGAUGGAGAAACGACACAGAGGGCCAGGGUUGGCAGCGGGUCAGAUGUACACCUACCCAGCACGCUGCUGGAGAAAGAAGCGGCGACUGCACCAGCCACUCGACCCUCAGCUUCGACUUUGUGAACUCAGACUAGAGGCCGAGUUGAUGGCCAAAAGAGAAGCCCCGCCCACAGAGGCCACAGCCCUGGAGGCACUUCUAAGGGGUGAUGGGCUCCUGGACAAAAGAAACAGCAACUCUAAAGAUGAAGAAACAUUGCUAGAAAUCCAGAGGGUGCUCGAGGCAGACGAAAAUGGGGACGGUUUCCAUGACGAUGAGGAUUUUGAAGUGGACACACCAAAGAGGAAGCAUCGAAACAAAGGCAGGGGUCGAGGCUCUGGACGCAGGCGAACAGAAGCAGUGGCCAAUGAUGAUCAAGAUAAACCUUAUGUUUGUGACAACAGAUACAAACAAAAGCAUAAUUCAAAAACUACUGACUCAGUUUGUGGAAAGCGUUACAAAAACCGCCCAGGACUAAGCUACCAUUACGCACACACUCACCUUGCCGAAGAGGAGGGAGGAGAAGAGCAAGAACCUGAAAUACCCCAAUCUCCUCCUGUUCACGUCCACCCUGAGAACCACAAACCACAGAAAGGGCCUGACGGAGCAAUCAUCCCCAAUGACUACUGUGAUUUCUGUCUCGGAGACUCGGGCUCAAACAGGAAGACAGGCCAGGCUGAAGACCUGGUUUCCUGCUCGGACUGUGGCCGCUCUGCGGAAGGCGUCGGCGGGGCCAGGCCGAAGAGGAGGACGGGCGGAGUUCUGGACAUGUUCGGCGACACGUCCGAAAGCGAGGCGUCCACCUUUCACGGCUUUGAGGACGACGACCUGGAUGGGCUUCUGUCUGACGAUAGCACAGGCUCACCCAAGUACAGAUAGACCAAGGAGAAACGUCAAGCAACUUUUGGCAUGGGUCUGCUGCCUGUUUUAUUUCUGUUGUUUCGCAGCAGCAUGCAAAAUGGAUUUACAACUUCAGACACUAUGUUAACUUCAGGAAUUGCUUUCGAAAGGAUGAGUUGCAGCCUUUUAUAAAUGAAGGAAUGUUGUUUUUAUUGCCUCACGCUUCUGUGCACUGAGAGGUGCUAGUUUCUGGAGAGAGGAGCCAUGUCAUUUGGACUGUUUAACGUUACGGGAAAUUUGCAGGGACCUUACCAUCGUGUGGACACUGACAUCACACCGCCAUGUAAGAUGGAUGUGGACAUUAACUUUAGAAAUAGAAGUUAAACAAUUUCGAACGUAACCUCAAGAUCUUUAGAGAGAAAAUACUCAACGUGUGUCUAUAGGUUGGCUAUAGUGAAGAGGGUUUUUUCCUACCUCUGGAUAAAUGCUAUAUUUGCAAAGAAAGGGAUCAGGAGAUUCGUAUGGGAAUGCAAAGAAUGGGCCGAGGCCAGGCUCUGUUUGGCUCCAGAGGAAAGGGUGGACAGUUUGCUGAGAGGUAAGAGCCAGUUGGCAUUUACAGUACAUGUCCGUCUCUCCUCCUUUCUCAGGACAACUGCAAAACAUAAAAAAUGACAUGUGAAAGUAUGCUGGAGGAUACACGAUUUUGGCCUCUCCCUAGUUUUGUUGGGAUGAAAAGAUGGACGUUCGUUUUUUUGAGUAACUUUUGAAAGGUCAUCUUUUAAAGUACAGGUACAAUAUAGCAUAUGUGCAAUGAUUCCAAUGAUGUUACAAAGGUUAUGAAGACACAUCUAGGCCAUACGUGUCAGAAGAUGACAGCCGCUUUGAAGAUUGACAACUGUGUGUUAACUGCAAAGAAUACACUGGAUUGCAAGCACAUAACGUUCCUACGUUCCAUAGGAAAAUGCAGUACAUGUGAUUUAGAAAAAGAAUACAUGCAAUAAAGGCACAAUACGCAUUAGUUACAGUGACAUCGCCCAGUUAAUAUGGGGAUAAUUCAUUGUUUCCAUUUGUUCUUUCAAAGCUCGUCUAUUUAUUGUCAUGGUGAAGUCAUCUGUCUCUCUCGAAUUGAAACUGAACAAUGUUCCAUUGAAAUGCUAUCAAUCUUGUCUCUAUUUCAGGGUGUUCUUUUUUGAAACAAUAAUAUAAUUUAUUAAGAUAUUGUAUAAUGUAUAUAAGACCACAAAUUGUGCAGGUUCUAUAACAUGGUUCCUAAUGCUAUUUCUUCCAGUGUGUUGAUGUCUAAAGUUUAAAGAAAUGUUUCAAUGUUUCAACAUUUGAAGUUGCGUUACUUUAAGAAGCCGAAGUGCAACAUGGCUAGAGAUGCUUGUAAUUGCUUCUGUGUCACGCAGACGUGUGGCAGCGUAAACUGGCACAAACACGCUUCACGCAACCUGUCAUCCAUGCUGUGGUAGCUGCUGAGUGCUGCUACUCCAAAUGUCAGCCUGCAAGUCUUUCACUGGAUUUUGUUACUGAAAAACAUUAAACAUUUUACAUUUUAUGUAAUACUCUGGUUCAUUUUGUUUCAGGGUCAAAUAUGGGACAUGUU